AGGCAGUCAGUGAUGUGUUUCCUGAUGCCGAAAUAAUGGUCUGUGGCGGACAUGCUGGGCGUGCCCACAAGAAAAUUCUUGAAUUACGUCACAAAAUGAAAAAAGUGUCAAAGACGAUGAUACAAAAGUACAAAGAUACUUUUCCUGCUCUGGGUGAGCUCCGCUGUAAAUGUGAGGGGGGCAACCACAGUCCUACGUGUGGGUGCUUGAAUCCACCUUUUAUUUCCAAAGCGCACACAAAUUUCUCAUCUAUUCUGAUGGAGUCUCAGUCACAGGAGGAAUUUGUGAAACGCCUGGAAGCACUGCCUAAACAUGCACGUGACAUUCACGAGUGGGAGGGAGGAAGUUGUGAUUUCCACCCACUUCGGGUGUGCUCGUGCAAAAAGUGUAGCGACAAGCAACAAAUAGAGUGUGAGGGAAAGCCUUACAAAACCAGAAUGAAGCUAGAUUGUGAAUUUCAUGCACUGUUGUAUGAGAUUGAAUGCAGAGAGAGGGCUGCACAGGCCAGCAAGCUGGUUCACCCCAUCCUCAAACGUGGCCACUCUAAUGCAGUUGAAGCCUCUCACAAUGUAUUGAUCAGGUUUAGGUCCAAAGAUAUCUACUUGGAGAGGCUUCACUACCACGUUUCCACCAAUAUAGGGCUGCUUCAAGCUAACAUGACUUACAUGAACGUAAAGUUUGGUACUAGUUAUCAUUGGCUCCCAGAGUUGUACCAACGCAUGAAGCUCCCUGUUUUUGAGGGAGUUCUUGAAGCAGCCCUAUAUUGGUGGAAACGUGGUAGUGAAGCCUCUCCAAGUAGAUAUCUUUGGACCUAAACCUGAUCAAUACAUUGUGAGAGGCUUCAACUGCAUUAGAGUGGCCACGUUUGAGGAUGGGGUGAACCAGCUUGCUGGCCUGUGCAGCUCUCUCUGUGCAUUCAAUCUCAUACAACAGUGCAUGAAAUUCACAAUCUAGCUUCAUUCUGGUUUUGUAAGGUUUUCCCUCACACUCUAUUUGUUGCUUGUCGCUACACUUUUUGCACGAGCACACCCGAAGUGGGUGGAAAUCACAACUUCCUCCCUCCCACUCGUGAAUGUCACGUGCAUGUUUAGGCAGUGCUUCCAGGCGUUUCACAAAUUCCUCCUGUGACUGAGCCUCCAUCAGAAUAGAUGAGAAAUUUGUGUGCGCUU